AUGGCAGUUACUUGUAUCAGUAGUCUUGUGUCGUACUACUACACCGUCUUUAUUUCCAGAUAUCCAUAUCUACGCAAUUUGGCCAUAGCGAUACCGUCGUUUUCGUCGCUGUGUAAAGAAGAGUAUAGGAAAGUAGAACAUGAAGUACAAGCUCGACGAUUCUUCAAGUGGAGCCGAUUCGCGAGCAGCAAUAACGAAGAUAGCAUGGCUCCACGUGGAUUGCACACAAUGGUGUAUCAUGAGAAGGAAUGUGCCAUGUACGUGUUUGGCGGAGAAGCACCUGAUUGGAGGCUGCAAGGUGAUUCAAGCGGACCAGCUUCAUUCAAUGAUCUCUGGAGGCUGGACAUGGCGAGUAACUUCGUAUUUGUCGUUGCAUUUUUACGCAGAGAGUUCGCCCUUUAG